AGGUCUUGUGGUGGAGAAGAACAUGACCUGGCUGCCUCUGUCCAAGCCACCUGUCUGGCCCCAUCCCUGUGGGAACUGAUCUCUGUAGCCCAGUGAGGAUAAAGGCUAAAAAAAUGAUGUCUGUAACUUAACUCUUGCUGGUCCAGUACGGCUUUGGGGGCAAGACAGCGGGAAAACAGAUGUCAAGAGGAGGAGGAAUGUGUGAACCCAAACUGGAUGGUUCCUGUAGCUGGAGUGGUGAGAUUUCUGAAGACAGGAGCAUGCCAGGUGCCAGCCCUUGUGUGAAUAACAUACCUUGUUCUCAAGUUUUGGGGAUCUGGGAAACACUGUGUCUAACAGCUACCAGUUCUUCCAAGAAUGCUGUGGUUCUGAAGGCCCAGAGUGUAUGUCUGCGAAUCAGAGCUGGGCAAAACAACUCCCCAGAGCCUCCGAAGGCUUGCAACCGAUGGAGGCUCAUGGGGCAGCUUUUGCUGCUGGCGAGACUCCUUGCGCAUGGGAGCGAUUGCUAGCUGAACCAUCAGACCAAAGGGUCAGGAAGGGGGAGGAGGCUGGUCGUUCACCUCAGGGCUGUCCAGAAGGCGAUGGGCACCGGCCCACCUGCACUGCAGAGGAGGAUGUUAGUUGGAAUGGAAGCUGUGCCCAAGUUCCGACAGUACUGCCCGAAGAGGACAGCUUGCACUUUGCUGAGUUCAGUGCCCCCGACUACUGUCCUUCUAGUUAUGAAUGUUCCUGUAGCUGUCGCAGGGAGAGUUUGGAUCUCUCCAGGACUUACUUGGAAAAGGGGAACAGCUCAUGUAGUUUCACCUGCCAGCACUGGACUUCAGAGUCCCCUGGAGUGGAGGAUGAAACCUUUAGUCCUGAUUCAGCAUCGCUGCAUCAGGCCCAGGAGGAAGAUGAGGAAGAUUGCGAAGUGUCCAAGGCCAGUGACGAUCCUUACGAGUCUGGCAGGGCACUUGGCGGCAGGAAGAAUGGGAGACGCCAGAGGUACCGCUCUGGUACAAAGGACAAGGGGGAGGGGAAGGAGAACGCCAGGCGGGAGGGCAGAUCUGUGCCAGCUGGCGGGAAGCAUAAGCAGGCCAGGAAGAGGAGCCACAUGGACAGGCGGCGCCACCUUAAGGCUGACGUGCCCAAGCAGCUGGAGGAGAUGACUCGGGUCUGCAUCUCCCGUUUCAAGAAGCUUCUCAAGCUGGUGCUGGUUGUCACUCAUGAGUGCCGCGAGUACAUGGAAGCUGGCGGGAGACUCCUCUACUCCUGCUGUCAGCUCAAUGCUUGGGACCUGGGCUCAGCCCUUGGCAGCGUGAGGAUGUGGUGCCAACGAGCCAAGAGUGACUCCAGGAAGGCAGCCCGGUGGCUGUAUUCCUGGGGGAGUUGGUUGGGCCAGCUGCUCAGAAUGUUGGGGGCCCAGCUCUUCUUGGUGUUCAUGCUGCUCCUGGGUAGCCUCUGGCUGUGUUGCAAAGUCUCUAAGUCCCUGUUCUUUGCUGGGGCAGGAAAGCUGGGCAGAACCCGCUGCAUGGCCUGGCUCCCCUUGCUCCUGGACUUGCCCUUCCCCCGCAGAGCGUGGGCUGUCUUCAGAGAAACCAGGACUUUCAAGUACAUGUCACGCUGGCUGCAGUGGUGGAGAGGGCUGCUUGGGGCACCCAAAGGGCUAAGGACCGAUGGGCUGGGAGAGGCAGCUGCUGGCCCUGAUCCUAGUGCAGGGAGGCGCUGCGAGCCCAGCCAGGAGGUGGCACGGCUGCUGGCCCUGGCCGAUGUGCCCGAGGAGGAGCUGAACCCCUUUCAAGUACUGGGGCUGGAGGUGACUGCGUCAGACACAGAGCUGAAGAAGGCCUAUCGUCAGCUGGCCGUGCUGGUUCAUCCUGACAAGAAUGCUCAUCCCCGGGCAGAGGAAGCCUUUAAGGUGCUGCGGGCUGCCUGGGACAUUGUGAGCAACCCAGAGAAGAGGAAGGAGUAUGAGAUCAAGCGGAUGGCCGAGAGCGAGCUGACCAAAUCCAUGAACGAGCUCUUUGCCAAGCUGCGGGACGACCUGAAGGAGGCCAUGAACACCAUGAUGUGCAACAAAUGCCAGGGGAAGCACAAGAGGUUUGAGAUGGACCGAGAGCCCCUCAACGCUCGCUACUGCGGGGAGUGCGGCAAGCUGCACCCUGCCGAGGACGGGGACCUCUGGGCCGAGUCGAGCAUGCUGGGGCUGAAAAUCACCUACUUCGCCCUGAUGGAUGGGAAAGUUUAUGACAUCACAGAGUGGGCUGGCUGCCAGGGGGUUAGAAUCCCUCCCGACACCCAUCGCGUCCGGUGUCACAUAUCGUUUGGGUCAAGGAGCUCUGGCGCGGGCAGGCGACAGAGAACCACCUCUCAAGGCAGCCCUGCCUCAGCUGCAGACCUGCAGGACUUCUUCAACCGCAUAUUUCAGGGGACCCCAGGGCAGAUGCCCAAUGGGGGUUUCUUCAGCCCACCCUGCUCCCCGCAGUCAGCAGCUUCAGCCCCCAAGACAGAGAGUACAGCCUCAAAAGGGGACUCGAAGCCGAAACGGCGGAAGAAAGUGCGCCGCCCCUUCCAGCGCUGAGGAUGGGCGUGUCCAGCGCGGGAGAGUCGCUUUGGGCUUGGCCUGGCAGGAGACCACAAGCGCUAACAGGGAAUGAAGAUCCAUCCUGUGUAUGUUUCAGCAGGCAGCUGGCGUGUCCCAGGCUCUAAGUCAGGCACUACAAGGGCUCUUUACAAGAAAAAGAAUCUGUGUUUUUUCUUUAGCUGUUUAAAAGUCAACCAGGCAUUUGGGGAGUUUCUGGUUGAAGCCGUUAACUUCUAGUGUGAAGACUCAGACCCAGUGAUACCAAAGAACUCCAGCGGGGGUGCCCUGCAGGGAUCCUGGAGACAUCAGCCCUGUGUGGGUGGAAGGAGGGUCUCUGGUUGGGGGGGGCGGGCACACGCUGGACAGAGCCAUGGAAUCUCUUCAGGGUUACUUGAAAAAUCAGGGGAUGUUCUAUUUCCAGCAAGGCCACAGUUGGGAUCCAUUGGGAGGCAGCCAUGACCCUUCCAUCCACCGGCUUCCCUUUCUCAUUCACGGCUCCUUUUCAUCCGCCCGCCCAUUGAAGUCUGCGUCUGGCAGCCCGUAACUAGUCGAACACAGCAGCUGAGCAGGAUCCCUUACAGCUGCGUCAUGAUUUGGCCUAAAGCUUCUGCACCAGAUCGGAUUGUUGAUGCACCUUCUCCCUCCCCCUCCCCCCUUUCCCCGCAGAUUGUCACCCUAGAAGACCCGAGCCAAGUGUUAAACCCUGGUGCUGAAGGGCAGCUUGUUCGCUUCACAGCUGACUGGAGAACUCUCCUGGGGAGCAGCCUGGCUUGGGCCAGGAUGCUGGGUCCUUUGUCUAGCACUUGCAGGGUGUUCUCCAUUCCACCUCCUGCUGGCCGUGCUCUCAGCGGCGCGAGAAGGGAAGCCUGUUGCAUCACCGAGGAAAGGAGGCCUGGGCAGGUGCUGCUUGAGGUGUAACUGGUUCCCUUCCCUCUGGGCAUGUAGCACAUAAUGCCCCCCAGUUUGAUGCUUAUUGCAUCCCCCCUGGGACUCCUGACCCUGCUUUCCAGCCUGAGCUCAAGGGCACCAUUUUGGGUGUGUGUGAGGAGGGGAGGGGGCAGCAGCCUCACAUACUAGGCCAGGGCUUGCUUUUCUUCCUACUCCCCUGCCUGUCAGGGAGCGAAGGGAAAGUACUUGGAUUGCGUGAAUUGCACCUCGGCUCCCUCCCUGCACCAGCCAGGAAUGAGAGGUCCGCACAGACUUUAAGCACUUUCUCCUUGCGCCCUGAUGGGGGAACAGGGAGAAAAGCAAGCACCGCUGUCCUGACAUGGCCCCCUUGCCUGAGCUGUGAAAUGCUUUCCUGGCAGAGGGGCCCCACCGUAGUCCUGAGAAUAGGCAGAAGGGUUCCUCAGUGGGUUUUCUGGGAGAGCCGUUGUGAGGUGCUGCUAUCGAGUCUCCUGAGCUGCGCCGCUCAUUUACCGUUCCAGGGGCUGCUGGCCGGCACCAGCUGCUCACAUACCUGGGAUCAGACUUUCCAAAGAAGCAAGGCUGAGUCUGAACCUGGUCUGGUUCUGCUGGGCCAUGCAAGCUCUUGUGCUCCCAGCAAUUAAUCAGAUGGAUCUGUAACCAUCUAGCCUCUUCCUGAAGAAGACAAAAAGUCCUGGGGCACCUUAUAGACUGACAUGUACGGGAACAUAGGCUUUCGUGGGCAAAGACCCACUUCGUCAGAUGCAUGUAGUGGAAAUUC